AUGUUAAGAAAUCAAACAAGAAGACCAUUUGUGGUGAUUAUAUUCCUGCUAGCGUUAUUUGGGCUUUACCUCACCUACAUACUAUCAUUGGUAUUAUUGAACUGCCUCGAAGGUAGCAGGAUAGAAAAAGAUCUUUUUGAGAGAUCAAGAGAAGUCGCUGAAAAGUAUCAGUCACAUAGAGGUCGUCAUUUCAAAAAACCGUUGAAAUUGUCGAGUAACAGUUACGAUGAUGAGAUGAAUGGAUUCACUUUCCACAAAGUUCCCCAAAGGGAAAACGCCACUCUGUUGAUGCUGGUACGCAACUGGGAGUUAAAUGGAGCACUGAAAUCUAUGAGAUCUCUCGAGGACAGGUUCAACAGAGAUUAUCACUAUGACUGGACCUUUUUGAACGAUGAACCCUUUGACGAUGCCUUUAUAGAAGCUACUACAGCGAUGGCAAGUGGGAAAACGCAAUAUGCAUUGGUACCCCCAGAACAUUGGAAUCGUCCCAAUUGGAUCGAUGAGGAGGAAUUCGAAAGACGUCUACAAUUAAUGGAAGAGAAAGGUGUACUCUAUGGUGGAACUCGUUCCUACCGUAAUAUGUGUCGGUUUAACUCUGGUUACUUCUUUAGACAAAAAGUAUUAGAGCCUUACGAUUACUACUUCCGUGUGGAACCUGAUGUGGAAUACUACUGUGAUUUCCCUUACGAUCCUUUUAAAGUGAUGAGACGAAACAACAAGAAAUAUGGGUUUGUAAUUGCAAUUUACGAGUAUGAGGAUACGAUUCCCACUUUAUGGGAUGCAGUAGAGGAGUUUAUUGAGGAUAAUAAAGAAAUUGUGGAUAUGGAAAACAAUUCGUACGACUUCAUUACAGACUCUGAAGUAGUAGGAACUUUUACACCAAUUGUGGAUUCGAACAGUGAUUAUAACUUGUGCCAUUUCUGGUCAAACUUUGAAAUCGGUGACCUAAACUUCUUCAGAAGUGAAAGAUACAAGAAGUAUUUUGAAUAUUUGGACUCCAAAGGUGGAUUUUAUUAUGAAAGAUGGGGUGACGCACCCGUUCAUAGUAUUGGUGUUUCACUUUUACUAAACCGCGAUGAAAUUAUACAUUUUGAUGAGUUAGCUUACUAUCAUAACCCUUAUUAUACAUGUCCCGCUUCACAUAAUAUGAGAAUCCAACAGAGGUGCCAGUGUAAUCCUCAUGAGGAUGGCCAUGUUGAUAUUGAUCCCAAUAGUUGUUUGAUGAGAUGGUGGAAAAAUGGUGCUGGGAAAACUUUUCUCAAAGAUGACCAAUAA